GGCUGGGGAUGGAAACGGGGCUGACGAUGGCGGGGGACAGGGACAUGUUGGGGACAGAAACGGGGCCGAGGACAAGACAAAGUGAUGAAGGGUCCAGGGCUGGCUCCACCCCACCCCUCUCCCCACCCCAACCCCGCUCCCGUGGCGUUCCCAGGUUCGAGGCCGAGCUGGCCAUCCGGCUGUCGGUGGACGGUGACAUCGCGGCGCUGCGCAAGGUCCUGGACGACACCAACAUGACGCGGCUGCAGCUCGAGGGGGACAUCGAGGCCCUGCGCGAGGAGCUGAUCCUGCUGCGCAAGGAGCACGACCAGGAAGUGCAGGCUCUGCGGGCGCAGGUCGCGCAGUCGGCGCUGACGGUGGAGGUGGAUGCGCCGCGGUCGCAGGAUUUGGGGAAGGUCCUGGGCGAGCUGCGGGCUCAGUACGAUGCCCUGGCCCAGAAAAACCUGGAGGACCUGGAGAAGCAGUGGGGACAGCAGGUGGGGAACCCAAAAAAACCCAAAUCCCACCCAAAACCAGCCCCCAAAAUGGUGCAGGACAAUGCCCUGGUCUUAGAACGCCUGGAGAAGCAGAGGGGGUGUGGGGACCCCAAAAACCCCAAAUCCCCCCAAAUCCCCCCAAAUCCCCACCAAUCCACACCCAGGGGUCCCCAGUGAUGCUCCAUGGGGAUGUCCCCAAUGGGGAGGUCACCUG